AUUUCUUGUCAUUACUUCGCUAUUUCAUGAUCUCGCCAAUUCUCGUCCAUUAGCCUUGUGCCGUUAGUUAACUGACAUUUGUUAAAAAGGAAAAAAAAAAAUAAAGAAGAAAAGAAAAGUAAAUUCGAUUACUCACACGAAUUGUAAUUAGUAAAUAAAUUAAAUAAGGUAAAUAUGUCGGGCAUGGUUCUUUAUGGCAUCGACAUCAGUCCACCGGUACGCGCAUGUCUAUUAACAUUGAAAGCACUAGGUCUGCAAUAUGAAUACAAGCAUGUGGAUAUACUGAGCGGUGAGCAGUUAGCUGAGGAUUUCACCAAAAACAAUCCACAACACACGGUGCCCACGUUAAAUGACAAUGGCACUUGGCUGUGGGACUCGCAUGCCAUCUGUGCAUAUCUGGUGGAUAAAUAUGCCAAGGAUGAUUCGCUGUAUCCACGUGAUUUGGCAUUACGUGCACGAGUCCAUCAACGACUCUUCUUCGAUGCCAGCAUACUCUAUAUGCCAUUGCGGUUCAUCACCAUACCGAUGUUUCGUUUUAAUCGCUCCAUUGUGCCGCGCGAGAAGACACAAGGAGUUAUCGAGGGGUAUGUUUUAAUGGAGAAAUUUUUGGCGAACAGUCCAUAUUUGGUGGGUGAUCGUUUGACAAUAGCAGACCUCUGUUGUGUGGCUACGGCGUCUUCGCUCGCCGGCGUUGUUGAGUUGGAACAAGAGAAAUAUCCGAAACUACACGCUUGGAUGGAACGUUUGAAGAAAUUGCCAUAUUACGAGGAAGGUAAUGGUGUGGGAUGUAAAAAGUAUCUGGAAAUACUGAAGAAGCGUCUCACUGCAAUUGUGUCAUGAAAGCAUGCAUACAUACAUACAUACAUAUAAUAUUUUAUAUCAAAGUUACUAAUUUAAAGUGUUGAA